GUCGCGGAAGCGCCACCGCGGCCUGCGCCGAGAAUUAGCGGAAGAUGGCGGAGGGCGGAGGCCCCGAGGCGGGCGAGCAGAAGAGGAGGUCUUCCGGCCCACGGCCCCCGAGCGCGCGGGAUUUACAGUUGGCUUUGGCAGAAUUAUAUGAAGAUGAAGUGAAAUGCAAAUCUUCCAAGUCUGAUAGACCUAAAACUACAGUCUUCAAGAGUCCACGAACACCGCCUCAACGGUUUUAUUCAGGUGAACAUGAAUACAGUGGAUUACAUAUAGUUCGACCUUCAACUGGGAAAAUUGUGAAUGAACUUUUCAAAGAGGCAAGGGAGCAUGGGGCUGUCCCUCUGAAUGAAGCUACAAGAUCUUCAAGUGAUGACAAAUCUAAGUCUUUUACAGGUGGAGGAUACAGGUUGGGAAAUUCCUUUUGUAAGCGGUCUGAAUACAUCUAUGGAGAAAAUCAGCUGCAAGAUGUUCAGGUUUUGCUUAAACUAUGGAGCAAUGGUUUCAGCUUAGAUGAUGGAGAAUUGAGACCUUACAGUGACCCAACAAAUGCUCAAUUUUUGGAGUCUGUUAAGAGAGGAGAGAUUCCCUUGGAGCUUCAGCGACUGGUUCAUGAGGGCCAACUGAGUUUGGACAUGGAGGACCAUCAGGAUCAAGAAUAUGUAAAACCUAGGCUGAGGUUCAAGGCUUUCAGUGGAGAAGGGCAAAAACUUGGAAGUCUUACACCUGAAAUCAUCAGCACACCUUCCUCUCCAGAAGAAGAGGAUAAAUCAAUACUUAAUGCAGCUGUUCAUAUUGAUGAUUCGGUGCCAACCACAAAAAUUCAGAUAAGAUUAGCAGAUGGGAGUCGUUUGAUACAAAGAUUCAACUGUACACACAGGAUCCUGGAUGUCCGGAACUUUAUUGUACAGUCUCGUCCUGAAUUUGCAGCUCUUGACUUUAUUCUUGUGACUUCAUUUCCAAAUAAAGAUCUAACAGAUGAAAGCCAGACAUUACAAGAAGCAGAUAUUCUUAACACAGUGAUUCUCCAACAACUAAAAUAAUAUUAUGCCUUUCUAUGCAGUAGCUUAUUUGGAGAGAAAUUGUGUCAUAUUAAUCAGGAAAAUACUUCCAGCGUAAAAACAACCAAAUUAUUUUUUAUCAUUUUUACAGAUAAAUCUUGGUUUUGUUGUUAUUCUGUCUUCCAGCCUUAGUAUAGAUGAAUUUGGAUGAAGUGUCGAUCUUGACAUAAGUGUGUUUGAGUUUUUAGUUGCAGGCUGGCUUAUGUUGAUAGAUUUUUAAAUAGGCAGACCAGUUUCUUGCAUAUUCAGUGUUAAUGUUAACAACAUUCAUUUGCAGAGAAAAUGAACAGAACCACUUUUUGAUAAAUGUAUUUGAUAAAAUUUGCACUGCAGUUCCUUGAUGGAGCAUUGACCAACAGCCAUUAAGACAUCUUUUGAUCAAAUAAGUUAAAAUUUUUCUGUGAUAUAUACUGAGAAGUAUCUGUAUUCUGAUUUUUAAAUUGUUUUAUCAGACAAUAGUUAUUUCUCCUAUUAAGAUUUUGUGCAUCUUUUUUACUUACUGAUUUAGCUAUACUGUGAAUGUCAGAAAAUAUGGUUUGGUCUUAGUUUUUUUCAUCUGUGCCCAUCAUAAACCAGAAACAAAAAGAUGAGCAACUCUUGAGAAAAUAAGGUAAACAGCACUUUAAAAUAGAGAAAUUAGAAUCCCUUCCGGAACCUGCCUUUAAUUACAUUCAUUUAUUCAUUCAACCCAGUUUUUUCCCAGGCGUCCCACUGUGUAGAUUAUCACUCGUCUACUUGUUCAAUCCAGAAUGUAAUCUAUUCCAGAACAGGACUGGUGUAGAAAUACAGGAAUGCACAUUCUUUUAGACAGACGGUAUCUGAAGAAUCACCAGCAUAAUGUUUGCAUUUCUGUUGAAAACAGACAUUUCCAGAACGAGGUAGACUAUGUCAGGAAUAAUAGAAAAGCUUUUACUUCUUCCCAGAUUCCACUUAAUCGUAGGUCACCACUUCAGAGUAAUUUGAAAAAAGUAUGUUGCUUCAAAUAACACAGAUUUAUUACCUUGGAGUUCUUUAGUUUAGAAGUUCAACAUGGAGCUGACCUGUGCUAGGAUCAAGGUAUGAGUAGGGCUACAUUACUUUUGGGAUAUUCCAAAGGAGAAUCAUUUCUUUGUUCUUCUUCCAGGGACCUCUCACUUUGCUUUUCUUAUAGCUUCCUUUGCCCAUCCUAAAAGCCAGCACCUUUGGAUCUCUCUGACAACAGUCAGGAAAGAUUCUAUACUUUUAAAGACUCAUGUGACCAUCAGACCCACUGGUUAAUACAGGGUCAUCUCUCAACUUCAAGGCCAUAUAACUUUAAUCACAUCUGUAAAGUUGCUUUUAUCAGUUCACAGGUUAUUUAUUCACAGGUUUUGGAACUAGGACAUGGACAUUUUAGAGUGGACAUUAUUUUGCCUACCGUAGUCCACCGAGUCCCAAAGAUUCACAUCCAUCCCAGUUAAUCCUGUUCAAAGGUGCUCAGAAGUCUCAACCCAUUACAGUAACAAAAAUCCCAAGUCUCAUCGUUUAAAUCACUUCGAUUUAGGAAAGGAUCUGGGUGUGAUUCCUAGGGCAUAAUUGCUCUCCAUUUUGUACAUAUAAACCUGGAAAGCAUAUUAAAUACUUCUAAAUAGGACAAGACAGGCAUAGAAUAAUAUUACAGAUAUCCCUGUUCAAAAAGCAGAAAACUGAAUGACCAGAGGAACCACCCGGGCCCAGGAGUGUGUACACAAAUCCAGCUCGGCACACUCAGUAGCUGUCAGGGCCUAGGGUUAGUCUGUGGCUCACAGCUCAGUCGUCUGCCCUGGGAUCCACUUCACAGUCAGUCACCUUUUCUUUUUCACAAAAGGUAGCACAUGUUAACAGCUGAAUAUCAUUGGCCUAUUUUUUUUGUUCUUAUUGUCUACACCUUUCACUAAGGUAGCAGUGUUACUGCUGGCAUGAUGUUGCCUAAAAACUUGUGAGUCUCCUACGUAUGGUCUGGGGAGUCGACUACAUUUUACAGGAGGCUUCUCCAAGUUUGUCCUCUACUUCUGCUCAUCUCUCCCUGAGAUGGCUGAAAGGAUCUGAGACUCACCCUCAAUCUCAAGGCCUUUUGUAUGAGGGAAUACUCAGACCUUUAGAACUUUCUGAGGUAUUAGCAAAAGGUGGCACAGCCACAUCCUCAUCUCUUUCUGAAAGACAGGAUUUCCUGACAGUGAAUCUCUUAAUAUUAAUGUCUCUUGCUGUUUAGAGUAGGAUGAUAAUUUCCUAAAUCAUCUGGCCAUGGUUUCUUUAUAUUUAACAGGUCUUCCAUCAAUUUACCUACAAAGGUACUUCAAAAAACUUGUGAGGUUGGGCACGUGGCCUAUGGAUAAGAUGCCUAUACCCCAUAUUAGGGUGCCUGGAUUUCAUUCUUGGCUCUGGCUCCUAAUUCCAGCUUCUUGCCAAUGCAGACCCUAGGAAGCGCAAGAUGAUGAUGGCUCAAGUAUGUGGGUCUCUCUCACUCACCUACACAGAAGUCCUUUAUUGAAUUCGUGGCCCCCGUUUCUAGCCCCAGCCAUUGUGGACCUUUGGGGAGUAAACCAGCAGAUAGAUAGUAGCUCUCUCUGUCUGCUCUCCUUCUUACUCCCACCUCUUGAAUUAAGAAGAAAAAAAAAUUGUGGAAAAUGGAAUUAAAAGAUCGUUUAUUUUUGGUGCAAAAAUAUUUGAAACCUAUGCACAUUUCAUAAUAUGCAUUUUACAUAAAGUUUUUGAAGACCCCUAGUAUGGAUGGAUUUUAGAAUUUUUUUUGCCCCACAGUAAACUUACCUCUUAAUUCCAGUUUUCAUGAAAUAUUAUCCUUCUAUCUCCUUUUCCUUAUUACUGUAAGCAGCCAGAAAACAGGCUGUGCCUUCCAUAAUUGCUUGAAAAUGUCCUCCGCUGAAUAUUGAAGUUUAUCGUUUACAAAUUCUGCUUUCCACCUAACUACAGGACACAAUUCAGCUAACCUUUUUGCCUCUUUGUGGUCAGGGUCUUUUUCCUCCAGUUUUUCAAUGACAUUUCUCAUUUCCGUCUGACUUCCCAGUGGCAGCACCUUUAAUGUCCUGAUGUCUUUGAUUCUACUGUCUUUUCAGGGCCAUUUAGAUACUCCCUCUGGUGACUUAGGUAUUCUCUACCCUGUGCUCCAAAGGCCUUACUAGCAUUAGCAUCCUAAUGAUGUAUUUCUGCUAACACUCAAAGGCAAUCUAGGCUCUCUCUGUUAUGCUCCUUAAAAUGCUUCCAGCCGCUACCCACUCCCUAAUUCCAAAGCCACUUCACUGUUUUUAGAUACCUAUCUCCAGGUAUCUAGAAAAUUCUGUCAUGCCUACUCACUGCCAGUUGAUUUGAAUGUGCUACUUACUAGGAGAUUUGGAAUGUACCUUUCUCCGAGGUACUGGAUAUUUCAAGGAGAUGAAUUUACCUGUGCUAUGUGUUUUAAUACUGGAAGCGCUGUUAAAAGUACCACAGGAUAAAAAUGUUGUUGCCUUUCCCCCACUGCAUAGAAGUGAAAAAGUUUUCUCAACCUCAUGAUAUGGAGGAGGAAGAUUAUUCCUGGGUCUCCCCCGCAAUAGGAAGACCUGCUGCUUUUCACUUGUUGAAAACAACUUGGAUAAUGUGAAUACAUGGGGCUUGAGAAAGGUUGUGGAAAAUGGAAUUAAAAGAUGGGAAUUUUCCAGGGAUGUUUUGAAUCCCCCCUAGUAAAACAGUCUGGGUAAGAAAGAUUUCCUAGGGCUAAUCUGCCUUUUCACAUAGCAAAGUUGUCUUCCUAAAGAAAUGAUUUCUUGAAAGAAACAUUUUAAAU